AAGAAUUACUUUUGAAAGAACUAGAAUACAUAUUCUACAAUAUAACACCACCAAAAUUAGCAAAAGAAAGAUUACCUAAACCAAACGAAGCAUACAACUGGAUAACAAUAAAUAACUACGAGUAUCAAGGAAACUAUAAUCAAUUAAUAGCCCAUAAUAUUAACAAUUAUAACUUGGAAGAAAAUCAUAGACAAUAUACAUUCGACCUUAUAGACCAAUAUACAAAAAAUGGAAAAUCAACCGAUAAUCAAGUUAUCGCAACAGAAAGAGAAACUUUAGAAGAAACUGGAAUACUCAUAUACCAAGAAAAACUUAUAGAAAUCGGACAUA